AAGGUUUUCGACAUGUGCUAGCAGUUGUUUGUUUCGUUUUAUUUCUUUACGUCGUUUAUGUCUCUCAGAUUUAACUCCAAACAUCAUCACAGAAGAAUUUGAGCUUUCGGAAGGAACAUGAAUCCCAAUCAAUGCGGAUUAAUUGUGUUUUCGCUGAACUCGAAUAAAGACUUGUCAGAAAAAAUUGCCAGGAAACUGGGAAUAGAGUUGGCCCAAUGCAGUGUGGGAAAAUUUCAGAACCAAGAAACUAAAGUGAAGAUAGGAGUUUCUGUCCGUGGCAGAGAUGUGUACAUCAUACAGUCAGGCCUGGGUGAGAGUCUUGAUGUUAAUGAUGCACUUAUGGAAUUGUUCAUCAUGGCUUAUGCCUGUAAAACGGCCUGUGCAAGAAGAAUUAUUGGUGUCAUUCCUUACCUGCCGUAUUCCAAGCAGGCUAAAAUGAACAAAAGAGGAUCCAUUCCUUCAAAGCUGGUUGCUUCUCUUAUGUGUAGAGCAGGUCUUACUAAUGUAAUAACAGUUGAUCUUCAUUCUAAGGAGAUUCAAGGAUUCUAUGAUGCACCAGUUGACAAUCUGAGGGCUUCUCCAUUUCUUGUUCAGUAUAUCACAGACAAGGUUGCUGACUACAGAAAUGCUGUAAUAGUUGCAAGGAACCCAGGAUCAGCCAUAAGGGCCACAUCUUUUGCUGAGCGAUUGCGCCUUGGAUUAGCUGUGAUUCAUGGUGAGCAGAAGGAGCCAGAGAGUGAACGGCUGGAUGGUCGUCAAUCACCACCUCCCGCAUUAGCUGAGUCACGACGAUUUGCAUCUGUCAGUAUAGACAGCAUGGAUCUACCGGGAUUUCUUCCAAAGGCUAAACCUCCAAUUAAUGUUGUGGGUGAUGUUGGAGGCAAGAUUGCCAUAAUAAUUGAUGAUAUGAUAGACGAUGCAGAAUCAUUUGUAACCGCUGCCAAGCUUCUAAAGGAUCGAGGUGCAUAUAAGAUAUUGGUAAUGGUGACCCAUGGCUUACUGUCUGCUGAUGCUCCAAAGCUGAUAGAGGAAUCAGUGAUAGAUGAGGUCGUAGUCACCAACACUGUGUCUCAUGACACUAAGAUGUCUCGCUGCAGUAAGAUCCGAACAGUGGAUAUCAGCUCGCUACUGGCUGAAGCUAUCCGUCGGAUAAACAAUGGAGAGUCGAUGGGAUAUCUAUUUAGAAAUGUUCCUUUAGAGGACUAGUGCAGCUAUUGUGUUGCAGUGUGACACUCUUUUGUGGUUACUUCUGAGGAAACUGGCACUACAUGUAAAGAACAUAACCGGAACAAAGUGUUUAUCUGCAAAUUCGUCUGAUCUUCUAAAUGUUGUAUGCAUAGCUAAUCUUCAAGUGAAGUCGUGGGAAGGGGUGGUUGUAAAAUAUAUCUAUCUGUGAUGCUGGUUGUUAGAAAUGUUAUCUAAAAGUUUCAUUUGUAUAGCGACUAUUUCAUUGAGAAUCAAAUUCUUGUAAGGUCGGUACACACUAGGGGACAUGUUGCAACGAUUUUAGGUUUUUCUCGUGUAACAUGCCCUUUUUGCGAAUAGGUUUUCUCGAGGGGAAAUAAUUUUGUCCUGCAGCUUGAUGCAAGAAAUUCGUGUGGUUUGAGUUCGAGCGUCAUGAAGUUGGGACAAAAUGUCUCAAUUUUCAAUGUCGCAUCGUGUGCAUUGCUCUCGCAAACUGUCCCAGCUACAACAGAAAUAAACCAACAUCCGCCUCGUGUGCACCAGCUUGCGUAAUAUCCCUAAAACAUUCACCCAAUGCGACACGCAAAGGGGCUUCUCGCCGCGUUAUACGUCCCCGCAGCAAGUGCCCUAGAUACCGACCUCAAAUUAUGAUAAUCAAAUGAAAGAAGUUCGUUUUGCAAAGAUGGAAGAGACUGUCCAAUGUGUUAGCCUAAGUGCUGGCCCGGGUUGUUCGAUUAAUUACUAUCUAGCCGAUAGCAUGGUUUGUUUUCGCAACACUUAUCCACUGGAUAGCGAUUUAUCCAGUGGAUAGCGUUAUCCACUUUCGAACAACUGGGGCCUGAUGUCUUCCAUUUCCUUUGUUCCCACUAUUUUCUGCGUGUAUCAAAGGAAUAAUAAACGGCUGCACGUCGGCUGCCGAUGUA